AUGCCCGCCAAGUCCGCUGCCAAGGCCUCUUCGCCCAAGGCCUCUUCGCCCAAGGGCGAGAAGAAGGGCGCCGCGAAGGCUCCCGCGGCAAAGACUGAGAAGAAGGCCCCUGCGCCCAAGGCUGCCGCUGGCGCGCCCAAGGCCGCCGCUGGCGCGCCCAAGUCAGCGGCUGGCGCGCCGAAGCCCGCGGCUGGCGCGCCGAAGCCCGCCGCCGUGAAGGAGACAAAGCAGCGCCCGGCAGCCGGCAGCCACCAUGGCGUGUACGUGAAGAACUGGGGCCAGGGCUCUGUGGACGACGCCAAGGCAGUCUUCAGUGGCGCCGGCAACGUUGUCGGGGUGAGGGUGCGUCGUCGCCGCUACGCCAUCGUCUUCUUUGAGAACGCGGCGGCUGUGAAAAAGGCCAUCGAUCUCUUCAACGAGAAGGAGGUGAUGGGCAGCGUUGUG